UGUCCGAAUACUGGCGCAUGCCGCGAGUUUUUUCGUACGACGAUUACGAUGUUUGUCUCAACGACAACCCCACCAUUCCUUCGGUGUACUGCUUGGUAAAGGCAGCUGUGCUACCGGAUAACACCUCGGAAGUGUGGCAAAUUAUCGAGCGAGUGUCCGAGAACUGGAAGCAACACAUGAACCACGCGCACCUGGAUCGAGGGUUCUGCGUGCGAAACUGUGAGGAUCGGCUGCGGACAGCUAAUGCGCUCAACGACAGUCAUCUGCUCGUACCAAAGUUCGACAGCAAGUUCCGGUUUAUAUUUCCUCCAGGAGUUUUUAGAGAUACCGAAGCGUAUAGGCAAAACUAUUCGGAACUUUUGGAAAAGUGUGUCAAUGUGGAGCUGUCAGAAGAGUAUGGUUUAAAAGCCCAGACGGAGAUAGAAUACUGUGAUAGUAACACGAAGUCGUACCCCAUCGACUGGCUGGAGAUAGUUUUUGUAGUGGUUGCUUUCGGAAUUGCUCUCAUUGUUUUGGCAUCCAGUUGGUACGAUCAUCUUUGCAAAACUAGCCAUGGGUUGAACCACUACAAAACGGAUUUGCAGUCAUCGAAACAGAUGAUGUUGGUGUCGUUUUCUCUCAUCCGUAACUGGUAUCGCAUCACAUCCCGCAAUGACGACCAGCUGAGCCACGAUCUACGCUACAUACACGCCAUUCGAAUGAUCGUUUUUAUGGGCGUCACAUUGGGACACGCUGUGUUCUACGCCCAACCACGCACGGCGUUGACAAUCGAGCAGCGCUUCGAAGAUUUUGCAUCAAUGAUAGUCGUCAACGGUACACAGAUUGUGACGACAUUCUUUGCCAUCAGUGGCCUGCUUCUGGUAGUUUUCUUCAUGCAAAAAGUGGAAGAGACAAAGAAAAAGGUUGGAAUUAUCGAAAUUUUCUUCAUUUCAUUGGCACGCUACAUUCGGUUGACUCCUGUUUACGCAUUUGUAAUCCUGUUCGAGGCAACUUGGGUAGUACGCCUUGGCGAUGGGCCAUUGUGGCGAAAAGGCUUCGAGACAGGCCGGACCUAUUGUCGCGAGAACUGGUGGACGAAUAUGCUGUACAUCAACAACUACUACAAGUCUGAUCAGCCAUGCAUGCUUCACACAUGGUACCUUGCAGCGGAUUUCCAUCUUUUUGUCUAUGGUUUAGUGAUGUGCUCACUGAUCUUACGCUUCCCGAAGGCUCGGAACAUGCUCAUCGGCUUUAUGUUGGUCAUCUGUUACAUACUUACAGCCGCCAUCGUAUACGUUAAGGAGUUCGAUGCUAUCCCGAUAUUUGCGCCUGAUCAAAUCCGUUACUUCUUUUGGUAUUGGGACGUGUACCUGUCGGCCUAUGUACCUUCGCAUAUGUAUUUGCUAAACUACACUUUCACCAUUGGCAGUGCAUUUUACUACAUUCAUUUAAAAAACAACAGAACUACCUACAGCUGGCUCGUCAAAGGUAUCUGGCUCGUCAGCCUGGUGGUCAUUCCGGGAAUGUUUGCCGCUGGUUACUUCUUCUAUCACUACAACUUCUCUAUGCCCUCUCUCUGGGUGGCGUUGCUGUUCCCAGCAAUACGCUUGAUGUACGGAGUGGUUAUCUUCUUCACAGGCGUAGGUUUAUCGUUUGGGUUCGUAAAAUUGGUGUCCAGAUUCUCCAACAUACCGUUCUUCACCAUCAUCGGAAGACUCACGUACAGUGCCUAUUUGUGUCAUUUGUGCCUUAUCAAGAUGUCACUGUUUAGCACCCGAAGUUUCUACCGCUACCAGAUGAUCGACAUUGGAAAUAUUUGGGCAGCAUCCUUCUUUCUGUCGUACCUGAUCGCCUGGAUGCUGUGUUUAGUGCUGGAAUCUCCAUUCAUUGCCUUACAGAAACAGCUAUUCAAACGGCACGUAAAAUCCGAUGAAAUGACGCACUCAACGAGUAGCGGUGAACAGGGAACGGAUACCAGUUACUUCGAGAAAAGUAACGAAGCGUACCCAAUAUCCGGCGUCAUUUUCAGUCAACGAUUUUAA